AUGAAUAAAAUAGUUAAGAUUAUACGUACUUGUGAACAAACGGAUCUAUAUGUAGUCCCUUAUAUAAGUACGCUUAGUUCACAAAAAAAUAUAUUCGUCCGAGAUAGUUUAGUGGCUAGAAUUACCGUUUGUCGCAUGGUAGACCGGGGUUCAAUUCCCCGUCUCGGAGCUUAUAAUUGCGCAAAUGGUUUAGUGGUAAAAUCCAACGUUGCCAUCGUUGGGCCCCCGGUUCGAUUCCGGGUUUGCGCAAAAUUUUUGACAUAUUUUUGCACCGAAUAUCAGUAUCAAUUGAAUACCUGA